AUGCACAAUAAAAGGAAUAAGGGCUUAAAGGCUAGGGCGUACCCCGUAAGCGACGCAAAUGCGAGUAAUGCGAUCCCCAAUGCGAAUACCACUAGGGCGUUCCCCCCAAGCGACGGAUACAGUGACAAGAACACACAUUCGCAUUUAAGUAGCAAUAAGAUAAGACUCGCAACCUGGAAUUUGGGGUCUCUUACGGGAAGAAGUCAGGAGCUUAGUAAAGUACUACAUAAAAGGCGCAUUAACAUCUGCUGCCUACAAGAAACGAAAUGGAAAGGCUCAAAAUCAAAAGACAUAGGAAACGAAUACCAGUUAAUAUACCAUGGCUGCGACAAUAAAAGGAAUGGGGUGGCGAUAGUUCUAGACAAACAUUUUAAGACCCGCAUUUUAAGUAUCACAAGAAAAAGCGACAGAUUAAUAUCCAUCAAAUUAGCUUUAGACAACCAGCAAUCUACCAACAUUAUAUCAGCCUAUGCCCCACAGACGGGCUGUACGGAAGCGGAGAAGACGGAGUUCUGGGAGGACCUGGAUGAGGUUAUAAACAGUAUACCAUCAAAUGAAUAUAAAGUAAUUGGAGCUGACUUGAACGGACACGUGGGAGCUAAAAGUACGGCAUAUGGAAUGGCUCACGGAGGGUUUGGAAUAGGCGAAGCAAACAAGCAGGGCGAAGAAAUCCUGGACUUUGCUACCAGGCACUCUUUAACGCUAAUAAAUACAAACUUCCAAAAGAAAGAAGAACAUCUGAUUACAUAUAAAAGUGCAGGAAGAACAUCACAAAUAGACUUCAUCAUAGCUGACAGAAAUGUCAAGAAUAAAUUCAAAGACUGUAAAGUAAUACCUGGUGAACCUUUGACAACACAACAUCGCUUACUGGUUGCUGUAUAUACCCUGCCGAAACCAAUAAAAACCAUCGUCGAUAGAACUCCAAGAACUAAGUGGAAGGACUUAGAUGGCCCAAAGGGCGAGUUACUAAAGACUUAUGUAAGGGGAUACAUCGAAGCCGACGUUGAAGCAAGGUAUAACACCGCAGAAGAUAUGUGGUCUAAGUUCGAAGUACAGUGUAGAGCAAAAGCAGCAGAAACUCUAGGAAUAUCUAAAGGACCCAUGGGCAAUGGAAAAGACCCAAGCUGGUGGAACAACAAAGUAAAAGAGACACUCAAUAACAAGAAAACGCUCUUCAAGAAAUGGCAAAGCUCACAACUAAAUGAAGACAAGGACCAAUAUACAGAAGCGAAGAAACUUGCAAAGAAGUGCGUAGCACAAGAAAUAGCCCACCAUAACCUUAAUUUCUAUAAUAGUUUAGAAAACGCCAAGACGGCCGAUGAAGUACUAAAAAUAGCAAAAAAUAGAAAUAGAGCUACUUUAGAUAUUAAAGUUAAUAAAUAUAUAAAAAGUAAAGAUCAAACCAUUUUAACAGACAAUACCCAAAUAAGAGAAAGGUGGGUGGAGUAUUAUGAACAACUACUAAACGAAGAGUUCCCUAACCAAGACCCGGUACCAUGCAAACCAACGCACGGACCAAUACCCGAGGUAGAUAUAGCUGAAGUAAAACAAGCGGUGACAAAGAUGAAAAACCGAAAAGCUACAGGGCCAGACGAGAUUCCUGCAGACUUAUGGAAAGCCCUCGGACCCAUAGCCGCGGUUUGGCUCACUAAGCUAUUCAACAUCAUUUUAGCCACCAAAUGCAUACCUGAGUCAUGGCGUCAAAGCUACAUACUACCAUUUUACAAAAACAAAGGUGAUGUAACCCACUGCGAAAACUAUAGAGGCAUAAAACUUACAUCACAUACGCUUAAAAUCUGGGAAAGAGUGAUAAACAAACGAAUCUCCAAUAUCUCGCAGGUAUCUCCAAACCAGUUCGGCUUCACAGCAUCCAGGUCAACCACUGACGCAAUACAAACUAUAAGGAUCAUGAUGGAAAAAUAUAGGAUCAACAACCAAGACCUACACCUUACGUUUAUUGACCUCGAAAAAGCUUUCGAUAGAGUACCCCGCAAAUUAGUAUGGCAGGCUUUACGUACGCAACAGGUACCAGAAUACUAUAUUGAACUAAUACAAGACAUGUACAACAAUGUCAGCACUAGAGUCCGAAGCCUAGCUGGUGUUAGUAAAGCUUUCGAGGUCAAAGUGGGUGUCCAUCAAGGAUCUGUGCUCAGCCCACUUCUUUUCAAUUUGGUGAUGGAUUACCUGACCCGGGAUAUACCGUCUCCGCUACCGUGGACCAUGAUGUACGCCGAUGACAUAGUUCUGGCUGCCAACACGGCAAAUGACGCACAACAACUGUUAAACAUGUGGACAAAUGCACUUGAAAAAUAUGGGUUGAGGGUUAGCAGGAGCAAAACUGAAUACCUGAAAUGUCCUUUUAGUGGCAACAGUACACCGGAAACUAUCUGCAUCGGAACAACACCUAUUCCUACUGUAGAAAAGUUUAAAUACCUUGGCUCUAUAAUUACACCCGAUGCCAAUAUUUGCGCGGACGUGUCACACCGAAUUAAUGUCGCCUGGCAAAAAUGGAGAUCACUUACUGGUGUGCUGUGUGACCCACGUAUCCCCAUAAAGGUCAAGGGUAAGGUGUAUAAACGGUACGGCGGUUCGUCCGGCGUUACUAUACGGGUCUGA